GUCUCUGAUUGGGAACCAUAUUUAGUCAGGUGGUUUUCCCACAGUGUUUGUGGGAUCUUGUUCCUGUGUAGGUUUGUGUUUUGCACCUUUGGACGUCACGUAUCGAUUUUGUUCGUGUAAUCAUUAAAUAAAAAAAGCAUGUUCGCAAAUAACGCUGCGCAUUGGUCCUCUGUUCCCGACGAUCGUGACAGACUAUUGACAAACCAUUAUUUAUUAAUGUCCAAUGUCCACGCUCAACAUACACCCAAUAAGUCCUUUACUAUGGUCACAUGUGCCCUGACCUCAUCCUUUAUAAACAGUGCCUCAGAGCUAACCAACUCCACAGACGCUUGCAGGUCCAGAUGAAGACAAUGACGAAGAUGACGUUGCUUCCUCUCCAGCUGAUUGUGAUCGUCUGUCUGUCUUAUGGACAGACAGAUGAUUCUGCCAAUAAGCAAUCCAUCAACAGCGGUGACCCUUCCUCUACCCUUUUCUCUGACCUGUCUGCCGAGGUGGCGAAACUGAGGAGGGAGGUUGAGGACCUGAGAAAGUCACACAACUGUAAGUCUCUUCAGAUUUGUAUAUAUUUUACAAAUAUCCGCUAACUUUAGCCGCUCACACUUUAUUUGGAUAGUCCGGAUUUUUCAUCUGUAGAUGCUCUACAGAUGGUCAUACUAUCAACAAAUCUGUUGAUAAGCAACUGCUUGCUAAGGAUACGGUUAGGGUUAGGGUUAGCAGAUAGUUACUGAUAGUCUGUAGAUAGUUCUGUAAAUCAUGGACUAUCCAAAUAAAGUGUUAUCCUUUUGCCACUGUUAGUUCCAAAUUAAUGCGAGUGAUAGGGGCAAUUUUUAAAAUGUCAAAUCAACUGAAAUCAACUCCAUUAUUUGUUUUGUUAUACUCAGCUGUAGGCGUAGCCUUUUCAGCUGCACUGAGACCUCCUAUCGUGGACACGGAGGGCUACGGCCAAACCGGGCCCUUCCAGGCAGACACCAACCUGGUCCACACUCACGUCAUCACCAACGUCGGUAACGCCUACAGCCCCAGGACAGGUCAGCCUUACAUACUGUAUGCCUCAUUGAAAUAUUAUUGCGAUUUACAUAGACAAAUCUCACUGUAUCCAAAUCUUAACAUAUAAUUCUUUCUUUGUCUGGCUGAAACAGUCCCAGGUAACAUAUUGGCUUUAUAAGCACUACAUAUAAAUGGGUCACAAAUCAUCUAUAACCGUAUUUCAUGCUCUAUAAAGGAUUAAUAAAUGUGAACAAAUAAAUUGAUGGUUAUGUAACAGAGUUAUGCCACAUUAUGAAUCUUUAUAGAGCAUGAUAUAUGGUUAUAGAUUUGUGAGGCAUCUAUGUAGUGCUUAUGAAGCCUAUAUGAAGGCUUUAUGAAGCCUUCAUAAGAUACACUUCAAAUAAAGCGGGACCACUUUAGGGUAGGCUAACUUGUCGUUAUAAAUUGUUAUAAAUGCUUUAUAAAUGAGACAUUUGUAUGAAUGGUAAUGCUCAUACAUGCUUAUUAAUGUUUACAAAUAAUGAAGUUAUUGUAAUGAUGAACUGUGUUACCUACUUGUUAAUAGUUUAAAUAAAAAACUAGUUGAAUAAUGCUUAUUAAUUACAAUGGUACUCAAGUGGCAUGCAGUAGGUUUUGAUGCCAUUUCCGAGUGGUGAAAAAGAAUAAUAGCCAGUGUAUUUCCUCUGAUACAGGUGUUCACUAUUCUCUUAGAAAAAAAGGUGCUUUGGCUGUCCCCCUUUCCACGGAGGGUUCUACAUGGAACCCAAAAGGGUUAUUUUAUGGGGGCAGCCGAAGAACCCUUUUGGAACCCUUUUUUCUAAGAGUGCACUUGUUUUUCCUUGUCCACCCAUACAGGAGCAUUCACAGCCCCAGUAAAUGGAGUCUACUACUUCACCUUCACAUCCUAUACCUGGAAAAAUGAGGCCAACAUCGGGGUGGCCCUUUACAAGAACAAUGAGCAGGUGGCGCUGGUCUAUGAGUUUCAGGACAAGGGAGACAAUGAAGACUUUGCGUCCAACGGAGCCACUCUGCAGCUGGCUGUAGGAGACGAGGUUUACAUGGUCCUACCUUCUGGUUUCCAGGUGACCGGUAAUGCUUUCAAAAACCUCAGCACCUUCAGUGGCUUUCUGAUCUUCCACGUGUAA